UGCAAUAAAAAGUAACAGUGAAGAGUUCUAGAAGGAAGAAGAACAUGAAGAAUUGGUAAGCUACUAGGCUACUAGCUAGUGGCAGGCAGAUAUUUUAUAUUGUGAAGUUGAGAGAGGCGAUUAUGGCAACGUGCUAUCCGUCUCCAUCACCAAAACGACAUAGUAUCGCUCCGAUGGCCGACCCCAAUUCCAAUCCGAAACCUAGCUACUCUAACGGCCCUUACAGAGCCCCCAAGUCCAAGCCUACACCGCCUCCCCGCCACGCCACCUUCCGUAUACUCUGCCACGCGUCACGCAUCGGCGGCAUCAUUGGUAAGUCCGGCAACGUCAUCAAGGCGCUCCAGCAGGCCACCGGCGCCAAGAUCCGGGUCGAAGACGCCCCGCAAGAGUCCCCCGACCGGGUCAUAUUCGUGGUGGCGCCAGUCUCUUCCUCCGCCGGCGGAAAUGGCGGUGACGGCGAUGCUGGAGACGGUUCGGAGGAGGUCUCGCAGGCGCAGGAGGCGCUGGUGAAGGUGUUCGAGAGGAUACUUGACGUCGCAGCCGAGGGUGAUAGCUCGUGUUUGGAUGACGAGAGGGUUGUGUCGUGCCGUCUUCUGGCGGAGGCGGCGCAGGUGGGGUCCGUGAUCGGGAAGGGUGGGAAGGUGGUGGAGAAGAUCAGGAGGGACACCGGAUGCAAGAUUAGGGUUUUGAACGACCGUUUGCCGGCGUGCGCUGCGCCCUCCGAUGAGAUUGUUGAGGUAGAAGGCUGUGCCUCAUCAGUAAAGAAGGCCCUUCUCGCAGUCUCUCGUCGGCUUCAAGAUUCUCCCUCGGUCGAUAAAACAAUGAAGACGAUGGGAAGCAGACCUUAUGAAGUAGUUCAGCAUGGAGCUUCCGGAGUUCUGCAUGAGACUUCGACUGAUCUGUGGCAAAGGACAUCGGCAUUAUCGAAUUUGUCAGGAGGCUCUAACUUCAAUUCCAAUGGAGUUCAUACGUGGCACCCUGAAGUCAAUAGAGCACCAGUCUUGGAUCCAAAAGCAACUCAGCAGGAAGUUAUGUUUAGAAUUCUUUGUUCGGAUGACAGGGUUGGUGCUGUCAUUGGAAAAGGUGGCAGUAUUGUAAGAGCUCUUCAGAGUGAUACAGGAGCCAAUAUAAAUAUUUUUCCUCCGUUCCCUGAUUGCGAGGAUAGAUUAAUUACUAUUACUGCUAUGGAGAAUCCUGAAACGAGAUAUUCCCCAGCACAGAAGGCUGUUGUGCUUGUUUUCUCCAAGUCGGUAGAAGGCAUUGUUGAGAAAGGGCUAGACUUGGGAUUUAAAAAGGAGUUGUCUGUUACUGCACGUCUUGUAGUCCCAUCAAACCAAGUGGGCUGUUUGAUAGGGAAAGGAGGAGCAAUAGUAUCCGAAAUGCGGAAGGCAACAGGGACUAGCAUAAGAAUAAUUGGUGGCAACCAAGUUCCAAAGUGUGUAUCAGAUAAUGAUGUUGUUCAGAUAUCAGGAGAGUUUUCAAAUGUUAAGGAUGCAUUGCAUAAUGUAACUAGUCGACUGCGGGAUAAUCUUUUUGUUAGUGUGCGAAACAGUGCUGGAGGACGGAAUCUUUCCUCUGUACCAGCUGAGACCAAUCCCUAUGGGAGACCGAGGGAUCAUAUUCCUCUUGGAGGUCCACCAGUUCUUGGUGUUCCUCAUAGUCUAGGUACACAUUCUCUGUCCCAAAGCUUAGAUCAUCUUUCACUGAAUCCAAAUUUAGAUCAUCCUUCACCAGGGUCAUGGCCACAACAGAGAGUGGCUGGAAUAAAUUCUAGAGGCACCAAUGAUGUUGUCAAGGGGUUGACUUCUCGAAAAGGUGGCUUAGAACAUGGAAGUGGGAGUAAAGCCACCACGGUGACCAAGAGAACUGUGGAAAUUCCGGUACCUGAUGAUGUUUUUGGCUCUGUAUACGGGGAAAAUGGGAGCAAUUUGGAUCAACUGAGACAGAUUUCAGGUGCUAAGGUUACUGUCCAGGAACCGCGUCACAGUACAAGGGACAGGACUGUCGUGAUAUCUGGUACGCUUGACGAAACUCGAGCAGCAGAAAGCCUUCUCCAAGCUUUUAUUCUCAAUGGGUCACCCUCAUGAUGACUAUCUCAUUAAUAUCCCCAUUAAUUUUAAAAUUGAUUUAGUUAUUUUAGCAUUUUUUUAAAUUAUUUUUUUUACCCCACCUAAAAGAAGCAAUGUACACUACAUUAGGAAAAUAGGGAGGCCAUGUAUACUACAGUAAACUUUUGCUAAAUUAAUGUCUGAGGCAGUUCACUGAAGGGUAGUGUACUGACUGGAACCUCGUUAACGUUUGGGGUAUAUCUACCUCAGUAGUCAGUAACAAGAAGCCUUCCAUUAAUCAACA